GCCGAAGUUGCCGAAUGGUACACCAAAGCACUUUCAGAGAACUGUGCUUUAUCUGUUGUUACUGAUGAACCAGGGAAAUGUUGUGCUGAGGAGUUCCAUCAAGCUGCAGGGGGCGCAAGUGGGCAAGAAGCGGCUCGAUACAUACAGGACGCGGAAAACAAAUGCGUCAGAA